CACGCGACCAGAUGCACACGUCUGUCCUUCUUCGGUGCUUCUACUUUCCAGUAAGGUAGUCACCAGAAGUGCAAAGACGUCCACACUUCACUUGCUCAAUCCCCGCUGCAACCCAUCCCCUUCGCUCCCCAUUCCAGCAGCUCAUCACGGCCGGCAGCCCGACUGUUCCACGACCUCAACCUUGACAAUCCUGAGAAAUGGCCACUCAAGCACACUGUGCCUUCUGCUUCGAGGUCCUAUCGGCCUCCUUUGAACGUAGAAAGCCGCUCAAUCUCUCACAGACCGAGACACUUUGGUCCCAGUACCACACCACCAGCAGCAGCAAUACCUAUGAGGAACCCCCCUCGGAAGUCGAUGAUGACGAUGCCGAAAUGACCGAUGUCGAAGGCGAGACUUCUGUCAAACGAACUGCCAUCUCACGUUUACUCAACCGAGAUGCCUCAGAGAGCGCUGGAAGCUCCAGCAGUAGUCUUCCCAGCAGCGGGAGUAGCAAAGCCACAUCUGGGACCGCGACACCCGCGAGUUCAAUUUCAGAUCUUUCCACGACUCAGAAUAAGAGGAAGAAAGUAGAGAAGCACCCGCUGUUCAUUACAUGGAAUACCCUCUCGAGGAGCGGGAGUAAGAGCUUGAGAGGGUGCAUUGGGACAUUUGAAGCGCAGGAACUCGAGGAUGGAUUACGCUCAUAUGCCCUGACAUCCGCCUUCGAAGAUACACGCUUCUCUCCGAUCCCUUCAUCUCUGCUCUCCUCUCUAUCUGUGGAGGUCACGCUAUUGACCAACUUCUCGUCUCCCACCAAGGACCCGAUGGCUUGGACGAUCGGUAAACAUGGAAUCCGAAUAUCUUUCACCCAGAAUGGAAGGAGGUACGGAGCAACGUAUCUGCCAUCUGUGGCUGUAGAGCAGGAGUGGACGAAAGAGGAAACCUUGGUGAGCUUGAUGAGGAAAGCGGGUUGGAGCGGGAGUGAGAGGAACUGGGAGAAGACGUGGAAGGAUGGGAAGGGCGAGUUGGUGACCUAUGAGGGGGAAAAGAUCGGGUUGGCAUACAAAGACUGGAAGGCGUGGAGAGAUUGGGCAGAUGAGAGGAAUUAAGGAGUAGACGCGCUCUCUUGCCUGCGAUGUGAAAUGCUGAGAUGAGACCUACGAAUUCACGUACACCACGAACUUCUUUUCGC